ACUUUAGUAACCUUUAGUAGUUUUUAGUACUCCAGAUACAUAAAAUAUGUAUCUGGAGUAAUAAGGUUUUUCGUUUUUAACUGUUGCAAAUCUGCAACACCUGCCUUGAGAGGGUUAAAUAAAGCAAACACAAAUAAAAACACAGUUAAAUAAACAAAUCUAAGAAAUAGACAACAAGAAGGACAUGUUACAGAACGUCAAAUAAUCAGAAUUUCAUUCACAAAACAAAUGUGAAUGAACAGAAUAAUCCAAACAUUUUUUGUUCUGACACACUUUUUUUUAUUUGUCUAAUAUACAUAAAAACAAUCAGAAUUCUGUAUAUAUAGGCUAUGCACAUAAUAAUUCAGAUUGUCUUCUAUAUCUAUAGAUAGAUAGAUAGAUAAUGAUGAAUGUUUCUGGGUUUGGUUCUGAUGUAACUGAAUAAGCAUGCAUUGUUGCUAAACAAUAAACUGCUGAACAAUGACAGGCCUUCACCCGUGCUCAGGUGGAAUGGAAACAGAAAGUGACGUUGUGAAGUUUUCAGAAACGAAACAUCAUUGUUUAUGGGCGGGACUUCAGUUGAGGCUUUAAAUGUUCACCUCCAUCCAGAGACUCAUUAUUUAACGCUGGAGUGAUUUACCUGACUUCAAAUAGAUUAUUCAGCAGAAGAUAUGAACAGCUCGGUAAUGGAACUGAAAAUCAAAGUGAUGGGAGGAGAUGAGAGGAGUCUGGAAGUGAGAAGUGAUGCCACGGUUGGAGACCUCAAGCAGCUCAUUUCUGAGCUCUUCAGAGAGCCUCCUUCCAAACUGAGGCUUUCUGACGAGAACCGUUCCAUUUUCAACCUUGAUUCCAGGAAACUCAGCGAAUACGGUUUGCGUUCAGGCUCAGUUAUGAUCCUGGUCAUCAACAGACCUUUCCAGGUGUUUGUUCAAAAUGAAAAAGGCAUUAUAGGAACGUAUGAUGUUGCUGUCAAUGAGACCGUAGUUCAGCUCCAGACUAAGGUCUACAACAAAGAGGGAGUCCCAAAGGAUCAGCAGAUACUGAUUUACCAAGGCAAACAGCUGGAGGCUGACAAGAAGUUGCAAGACUACAACAUCAAGUCAGGAGACACCAUUUACAUGACUCUCCGGCUCCGAGGAGGUUAAUAGAGAUCAGCGCGACCAGGAUUAAGAAAUGAUCCAAUUCAUUAAUAAAUAUAUAAAUAUUCCAAAAUAGAAAUGUCAUGUAUUUAUGCCUGUUUAUCACCUAUUCUAUUUAAUAUCUAGUGUCAGAAUAUUAAUUUUAUUUCAAUUUGAUUUAAUGUAGUUAUGUAAUUUAUUAAGCUGAUACAAUCUGGAAUAAGUGUAACUUUACUCAUAGAGUUCCAGUUUAAGAUUUCUACAUAUGUGCUGCUGGCCAACAUUUGUUGUUAAAUAAAAUGUAAAUUCUUAAACUAGUCCUGUGUAUUUUGUUUGUUUUAUUGGCUUGUUAUGCCACUGCCUCACACCAUAACUCAAAACAGAAAAUAAGUUAUGUUAAAAAAAAAAUCACAUUUUGGUGAGUUGUUAUGUGACUUUCUUUUAAUAUUAUUUUAAGUAACUGCUAAUAUUGUCUGUCACGACCAUGAACUGUCAACUCAUUUACACAAAUUGUAAAUAAAUAUUUGGAACACCGUUAUUUGACUGUGGGGGAUAAUUCAGUCUCAGUUUGAAGUCAGACGUCUCGGUUCAUUUAUUGAUUGAUGUGAAUGCUAAAUUUGUCAAUAUUUAUAUUAAAUAUUUGACAGAUUAUUGUUGUUUUAACUGACCCAGCAAACACACAUUUUGUGACAAAACUGACAAAGAAGCAGCUUGCACCCAAACAUAUAUUAAUUGCCUUUCAUGUUCAUAAUAAAUACUUUUUGAAUUUCAUAAUUUAAACUUAUUUCAAUUUUGUAGCCAUAUAAGCUGCUUUAACUUCAAAAGUGUCUUCAGAAUAUUUAGUGAAGGAUAAGCUCAUCCUGGACAGUAAACACAAACACUGUUCAUACUAUAAUUAGUCCAGAAACGAGAUUGCCACGUCUCAGGUGGAACUGAUUAGACUUUAUCAUAUAAUGGAUGGACAGCAGGCAUAACUGACACCAGAACAGAAAACAAAACUGUG